GCGUCCCGGCGUGCACCGCGGCGGUGGCUGAGGCGAGGCGUGAGGCGGGGUCUGCCUGAGGCGGGGUCGGGCGCAGCGCGGUGAUAGCGGCGGCUCCUGCGGCUCGUCCCAGGGCGCUGCCCGCUCAGGGAACGGCCCCAAGAUGUCGAGGAACUUCUCUGACACAGGCAGCAAAAAAGAACAUGUUAAAAUCACAAGUGAGGCCAAACCGGGGUUCCUGGAGAGGCUCAGCGAGACCUCUGGAGGCAUGUUGAUGGGACUUGUGACAUUUAUUCUGUCUUUCUACCUUCUUUUUACCAAUGAAGGACGAGCUUUGAGGACAGCCAAAUCUCUUGAUGAGGGACUUUCUCUUGUGAUUCCUCUUGAUAACAUUCACAGUGUGUCUCAGCAGAAUGAGGGGAGACUAGUGCACUUAGCUGGCGCUCUGAGCACAUCAAAGCCUUUGUUUGAUCCCAGCUAUGGGCUGACAAUCCACGCUGUCAAGCUUAAGCGCACAGUGGAAAUGUACCAGUGGGUAGAAUAUGAAGAUUCUAGGGAAUAUGAAGAAAAUGGUGAGAUUAAGAAAGAAACAAAGUAUACAUACAAUACUGAAUGGAAAUCUGAAGUUGUGAACAGCAGGAAUUUUGAUCGAGAAAUUGGACACAAAAACCCCAGUGCCAUGGCUGUGGAGUCUUUCACUGCCGUUUCUCCUAAUGUUCAGGUUGGAAGCUUUGUCCUUUCCAAAGGUCUUGUGGAUAAGAUUGAUGACUUCAAGCAGUUGAGCUUGUCAAACCUUGAGGAUCCACAUGCUGAUGUUACCCGGGGAGGAGAUUAUUUUUACCACAGCGAGAACCCCAGGCGUCCAGAAGUGGGAGAUCUUCGUGUCUCAUUCUUCUAUGCAGGUCUGAGUGGAGAUGACCCCCAUUUGGGCUCAGCUGAGAAGGUGGGUCUUCAGCUGCUUGAGAAUUUUGCAAAUUCUGUCCCUAACUCUGUAACCAGUAAAAUUAUUUCUCUUUCUUCCAAGGUGACUGUGAUUGCUCGCCAGAAAGGUGAUCAACUUGUUCCAUAUCACACCAAGUCUGGAGUUGUCCUGCAGAUUCUCUACCCUGGGGAUCUGUCCGUGGAGGAGGUGUUUCAGAAAGAGCACGAGAGUAACACCAUGAAGACUUGGGCCCUCCGUGCGGCUGGCUGGCUGGCUAUGUUUGUAGGCAUCAACCUAAUGACCCGAAUUGUGUAUACUUUGGUGGACUGGUUUCCUGUUGUGAGAGAUCUGGUUAACAUUGGAUUAAAAGCUUUUGCCUUCUGCGUAGCCAGUUCGUUGUCACUCUUGACUAUCUCCAUUGGCUGGCUCUUCUACCGCCCUCUCUGGGCUUUGCUGAUUGGAUUGCUCUCUGUAGUUCCAAUUGUGGUUGCAAAAUCCCAUGUUCCACCAAAGAAGCAUCAGUGAGAAAGAAGCUCUCGGGUUCUGCACUGAAUCCUGGCUAGAAACUCUUCAAGUGCAUUUCUGUUCCAGUUACUGCAGCAUGCUUACAGCACAUCGUGGUUCAGCAGUAUGCACCAGCAGCCGGGGAGGGCCAUUCAUAAAUGUAUUAUCUAUGGAAAAGAUGACUGUAGCAUGCUAUUUGUAGGAAGUCAGUGAUACUGACUUCAGGAAAAAAGCAUUUUGGAGCAUCUGUGUUCAUUAUAAGUCAGAGAAAAAGCAGAUACUAUCGUCCACCAUUUAUUAAUUCCCCCUGAACUGGCAAAUCCUUACCAACAGGUGGGGCACUGUGUGUAUUAUGGAGAAAGUGCCAGCUUCAUCACAUGGUCUGGGAUCUGAAAUCCUUGGGAAAAACGUGUUCGUACCUGUCUCUGACAAUCCAUCCCUCUGCUGCCUUUUCUGAUUUGUACAGUCACGUGCGCUUCUUUGGCUAAUGUAUUUGGAAGUGCAUCGUUAAAGGAAAAACAACUUUUGUCAAAAUAUUUUUGUAAAAUAUAUUCUUUUGGACUCAGUAUUUUUAAAGUAACUUGAAACCUUGAGUGUCCAGGUUAGCCAUGCUCUAAGACAGGGAAGAUUUGCCAGAAAGCAGUGAUUUUCCUCAACUUCUUUUAAAAGUCUCUGAAGCUGUUCUUGGUUAAGCACCCAAAAUGGUAGUGUUACAUAAAAACUUCAAAUUGCACUUCUUUAAGGGGAUACUCAGAGGUCACUCACCUUUAACUUUAAAAAUAAAACCUGCUGCCUUGAAACAAAACUGCUUAAUAAUCAAAUAUAUAUUCUUUAUAAUAUUUGGUGUGUUUUGCUAUACAUACUGUUUUUUUCUUGAAUUUCACUUAGCAAGGACAAUGAAAAUGCUCCAUGAAAUUAAGUCAUGAAAACAUUUCUGCCUGAUUAGCUUUCAUAGACUUAGUAGCUUAAACGUUGCGCUAUCAUUAUAUCAUAAGAACACUUUUCUUGUAGUGUUGCCAUGCUUACAGGUUCCUGUUGUAACUGGUACUUGAGACUGUAUUCCCCCAUACCAAAAGGAUUUAACUUGAAUAUACAUUAAAGCAAAUGUUUCCUAUAAAUGGUACCAAAAUAGAGAUCUGAUUUAUAAAUCACAAACAUUUUGAGAAGUAGGAAUUACCUUAUUAGCCUUAAUUAUUUUCAUUCUUCUUUCUGGUAUUUUAAUGUUGUCAAUUCAGUCUCAUGUCUCUGAAAGCAGUGGUAGCGAGUGGAAGGUUAUAGGAAGUGCACGUAGUCUCAUGCAUGUUGCUGACAUGCCUUGGUGAUCCCAGGCAGUCUCUAUCUGCUGCCGUCUGAUCAAAUGAGAAAUUGCACUUUGCUGGGGAGAAAAACAAACGCUGGACUGCUGUUUUACUGAUGAUGCAGGAAGCUAACCAGUAUUACUAUAUUAGAGACGAAGAUAUAAUUUUCUACAGAAGUGCUGAGCUUUUGUACGUUUAAUAAAAUACAGUUUUCAGAA